CUUUUAUUUUUUAUUUUGGAAUUUAUCAAUAUUUCCUCACACCAAACCGUGAAUCUGAGUGAUCGUGAAUCCUGUAAUAAUGACGCGAUUGAUGAUUGAUUAAACCAUAAGACGCAAAACCGUCUCGUCCUUCCCAUAAUCUACUUAUCAGAGUUGAACAUUUCCUAGGAUAACAGAGAAGCAGGGACUCAGGGAGAGAGGAUCACAUCAGAUCGGAAACCCUAAAGCCUUUUCCACUUGCGAAUGUCCUCUCUGUCGACUUAUUAGGGUUUCUCGCAUCAGAAAACCCUGAUAACGCAUCACAUCCUCCUUUUCCCCGGCGGUUUCACGCAACCCUAAUCCGGAGACAUUAUUCGUUGCUGGAGAAAAACAGAAAAAGAAAAGAAAAGCUCAAUAUUUGUUAGGGUUCUAGUUCCUUUCCCGGACGGAUCGGUGAAUUCUAGGGUUUUGAUUCAAAAACGUAUGUAUGGCUUCGGGGCCUAUAGUCGGUGGAGGCGGUGAUGGUUCUCGAGAUAAGCAUAGAUGGGGUGAUGGCAAAGUCUACACCAGAAAAGCUCACAACAAGGGUUCUGAUAACGCACCUCAACAGCAACCUUCUCAGACCACGGCUCCUGAGGACGGCAACUUCUCUCAGCAGCAGCUUCUCACUCGUUUUGAUGCCGCUUCCGACGAUUCGUCCAGUAUGAACCGUCGUCAAUCCGCUGCUCCCAACAGUCGUGAACUCCCUACGGGUAAUGGCUCCGUCCGCCCGGUUUUUCCAAGGUUGGAGAAUGGUGUCACGAUUAACUUGUCCUCUAGGUCUAAGCAGGAGAUGCGAGAGCUACGGCGGAAGCUUGCGAACGAGCUCGAUCAGGUUCGGAAUCUGGUGAAGAAGCUUGAAGCUAGGGAAGUGCAGCUCACUGGGUUCUCCGGUGGUGGUUACAGUCACUCUCAGCUGUCCACUAAUGAUGUUGCGGACAACUGUAGCACGAAGAGGAUAAAUUCUGAGGUUGGUUCCGUGGGGCAUCAUGAGUUGAGGCCGUUGCACCAACUUAAUGUCUCAGUGGUGGAGAAUAGCCAGGGAGUAAGCGAUGUUGUUGAGAAAGAGAAGAGGACUCCGAAGGCAAACCAAUACUAUCGCAAUUCUGACUUUGUGCUUGGGAAGGAGAAAUUCCCACCUCCAGACAGCAACAAGAAGUCGAAGUCUAAUAGUAAGAAACAUGGACAUGGGGAAUACGGGUUUCAGGGGUUUGGAAUGGAUAAGUAUUCCAGUCAGGUGUUCAAGAGCUGCAGUAAUUUGCUCGCCAAAUUGAUGAAGCACAAGCAUUCUUGGGUGUUUAAUACCCCUGUGGACGUGAAGGGGCUUGGGCUCCAUGAUUACUAUACCAUUAUCAAGCAUCCAAUGGACUUGGGAACAGUGAAAUCGAGGUUGAAUACGAACUGGUACAAGUCUCCUCGGGAGUUUGCAGAGGAUGUGAGACUUACAUUCGAGAAUGCCAUGACAUAUAAUCCGAAAGGGCAGGAUGUUUAUGUUAUGGCGGAGCAGCUUUUAAAGAUAUUUGAGGAUAAGUGGACAGUUGUUGAGGCUGAAUUCAAUCUUAAUUCGAGGUUUGGAACUGAUCAUGAUGCUGUUCUUCCUACCCCUACCUGGAGGAAGGCCCUUCCACCUCCAUUAUAUCCUGAAAUGAGAAGAACCCUUGAUAGAUCAGAAUCAACAACGCUUCCAGUUGAUUUUAACAUUAAACCUUCAAACUUUGCCCUGCCGGGUCCAGGUCGGACCCCUGCACCAAAGAAGCCUAAGGCAAAGGAUCCACACAAAAGAGACAUGACGUAUGAGGAGAAGCAAAGGCUCAGCACAAACCUUCAGAGUUUGCCUUCGGAAAAGCUGGACAACAUUGUCCAGAUUAUUAAGAAAAGAAACUCAUCGUUGAGCCAGCAUGACGAUGAGAUUGAAGUGGACAUUGACAGUGUUGAUACAGAAACUCUAUGGGAACUUGAUAGGUUUGUAACCAAUUACAAGAAGAGUCUAAGCAAGUACAAAAGAAAAGCUGAACUUGCCCUUCAAGCAAGAGCUGAAGCAGAAGUGGAGGCAGAACACAAUGUACAGGAAACGAAUCCAGCCCUAUCAAUGACUGAAGCGCGCAAAGAACCUAAAACUGAUGAGAAGAUUGUUUCCUCUUCCUCGCCUGUCCAUGCAGAAAAACAAGGGGAUAAUGCGAGUAGAUCGAGUAGUUCAAGCAGCUCUAGCAGUGACUCUGGAUCCUCUUCAAGUGAUUCUGAUAGUGAAAGUUCCUCUGCAUUUGGAUCUGAUGUGGGACAUUCCCCAAGGACUUGAAUGGAUUCAAUUCAGGGUUUUGAUGCUUGGAGUGAGGACCUUUGUGUGGAAGGAGAUGAACCAACUAUUUUUUUUUUUUCAAGGCAAAGGUGUGGCAUUUUGUAAUGUUGCUACCAAUGCACCUUUGAUCAUGUUCAUCAACAGCCCAUUGUUACAUUACACUGCUCUCCACUACUAUGGUGUUUUUUCUACAGCCGAUGACCAACAGUGCACACCACACUGUUCCCAUCCCAAAGGCUAAAUGUUGAAUGGUGUGCUGGAGCCCACUACCGACUUCAGAAAACUAAAUUUCAGUGGUUCAUCUCAGAGUAACCCACACCGGACAAGGUGGUUGGAGGCUUUCCGAAGAUGAGGAAUGUUUGCUUGCUUAUAAUUUACACUCCUGAUUUAGUGAAAAAAAUAUUCUAUACACUUCUGUUAUACUAGCAGUGGGAUCAAAGAGACUUGAGCUUGACAGUUUCAACUGUGGGCGCUUAAACUGGCAAUAUCCUCACAUUCAACAAGAGGAAGAUACUCUCAUUAUUGAUAUACUACUAGACCAAUCUAGCAUUCUUCUAGAUAGAUCAUAGACACAAAGGUUGAUGAUAUAUGAUCAAGUCAAAGAAGUGUUCUGUGGAUGGCUGGGAACUUUCAAGACUCUGACAUAUGUACCGUCCAUGUACUGUAAAUACCGCACUUAAGGAUGAUACUCAGGGCACAUCCUUAGAAGUGUGCCUUGUAGCAGCAAGUCUGGUUUUCGACCAAAACAAGAAUUUUUAUAAAAUUGGGAACCUAUUUUGGUCAUUAAUUCUUGGAAGGGAACUUUUUGAUUGAGUUUUUCUGUUUAUUUGGAAGGAAACAUUACUUCCGUGCAACCAUGGAAGGCUUUAGAAGGCUAAGUGGAAGUUCAAUGCCAUCCAGAUUGGAUCUUUCUAGGUUUCCCGUUCAGAUAUAGAUUGCUGUUUCCUUUGAAUUUCUUGCAUCAUUGGUUGCUGCUUAUGCAUACAGUUCAGUUUUAUUUCUUGUUGAGGCUAACAGCUAAUAUUGUUGUCAGCUAUAUGUUGAAUGGCAUCAUUGCUUCUGGUUGGCAUUGUCAUAUUUGCUGUCUGGGUUUCCUUUUGCUACUUGUAAUUUUGGGCCUAUGCUGUAAAUCCUUGAGAAUUUAUACUAGUAACUAACAAUCAAUACGCAGCAUGAAAACCAUAUCUUCGGUAUUCUUGUUUUGGUGUUUCCUUGUUCAUGUUUUUAUAUGCUCUUCUUGCUAUUUAAACAUUGAAAAAAUUACUGAUGUUUUACCAAAAAUAAAUAAAUAAAAUAAAAUAAAAUAAAAAAAGUUAAUAA